CUUCCAUUUCUCCGCCAGUUUCCCCAGUGUUUCCAGUUUUCCGGUAUAAAAGCCCUCGACAUGGCAUGGUCCUUCGUCUCCUCAUACACGCCUUCUUUCCCGGUUUCUGAGCCUCCUUCGCUUCCUCGAGCCCCUUAGCUGUUCAGAAACCCUUUGCUUCAUAAAAUCCCCCAAUCCAUAAAUUCCCUUCGCUUUCUAAACCCUUCUUUCCAUUAUACAUUCCUUCCAUCGCUAGAAUGGCUCGCUUUUCAUUCAUCCUUGCUACCCUCUGCCUGGCGCUUCGCGUCAGCGCCGGCCCCGUCAUCGAGGAGCGCCAGCUGGACGCGAUCCCCCAGGAGGCAAAGAAGCUCGCGGUUGACGAUGCCACGAACCGUAUUGUGGUCUUCGACGACGCGGACAAGUACCUUGGCUUCAUCGAGCCUGGCACGAUCGCUGCUCCCGUGUCCCGCCGCGAUGGUGGCGCUUGCAGCGCGCUCAGCGCGGACGAUGCGCAGAAGUUGCCCGGCUGGGAGAAGCUCAAGGCGGACGCGAUCUCCAGGUGGGGCGACGGUGACUGGAACAUCGUCACUAACGAUCCGGAUUACCCCGACUCGCCUGCGUCCGUGUGCGCUCAGGACGCCGGCCCCGUGACCGUGAAUGGCACGCCGUCUUGCAAGUCGUCGACGCAGACCCUCGACACGACCGUGACUGGGACGAACGGCACCGCGACCGUCAGCCAGGUCACUGGCACGUCGUAUUCGGCGCAGCAGACUGUCACUCAAUCCUCCUCGCUCUCGGUUGGCGAGACCGUGACGGUCAAGGUGGGCAUUCCGGAGGUCGCGGACGUGACGUCGGCGACGACGCUGGAGAGCUCGUUCACGAACACACUGGCGACGACCACGACCUCGGAGUCGAACCAGCAGACGACGCAGACGGUCGCCAUCGCCGUCCCCGACGGCAAGACGUGCAAGAUCUCGUUCAAGCAGACGUCGUGUACGACCUCGGGCUCCGGUCAGGUGCCCUUCACCGCGACCGGUUGGGUCUGGUUCGAGUACAAGGAUCGCACCCAGGGCCACUACAAGUGGGCCCUCCAGAUGGAUGGCGCCCUGUCCGCCGAGGAGCGCUCCUCGUACAUGAAGUUCGACACCGUCGUCGCCACUGACACCAAGGGCGAGUACUCGGCGAACUGCUAAGCGUGCGGUCGUGGCUCCCGAGCGGUCGUAAAACAUAAAGUCUCCCCUUGCCAGGCUCACCAAUGAAUGCGUCUCUGUACUAUCUAUUGUAUGGAUUGUCCUAAAUAUUGUGCUGGUUGUUUGGUUCUAUAAAUGUUGGUUCUGCCAACGAUGUUUGUGCG